AAGCGUAUAAAUACCGUACGUAAGCAACAGCCGCAUUAACCCCGCUGCUAACCGCUACGAUCUCCAUUCUUGGCUUCUAGGCACCGGCGACCUUGUGUCAACUUCAGGUAGUUUUUGUAGAGUUAUGAGAUAAGAAGUGCUUUAUGCAUGAAAUUUAAGUUAUUUUCUUGAUAUUAGGUUGUCACUGUACAGGUGCCAUGUCGUCUUUCAUCUCCCUCGAUCUCUCAUGCGAGGAUGGCUCGGAUGCAAAAAAGAGAAUCGUUGCUACCCUACAGGACCUUGUGAACGACACAGAAUCCCCCGGGUCUGCGGCGAAGAUAAUCCAUGGGGUGAUUAUUGACGACUGCCGUGAUGCUUACACUUCUUACAAUUCGGUAUCAAAUCUGACAGCAGAACAGAUAGAGUCCAGUACUGUCCGUACCCCUAAACCCGGUGGAUGGAUGGAAUACCUUUGGGACUGCCUAGGAAGAGCAGCCAUGAGAGUGCCUGCUGACCAUAAAGGUCAAGACAGACUUGUAGAUCUGCUCCAAGAACUCCAGCAACUACCUAAGAGUCCUGUCCCCGAGUUCGUUGCUGGAGAGAUGAGGGAGACCCUACUCUGGAAUAUCACGAAAGAGACUCGGUACGAGGGCCUUACCCAGUGGCUUUGGGAUCUUGACCAAGGCAACUUUAACGGUGCGCCGCGCCAGGUAGAGAGUGACCCAAAUGCUGCUACUGCCUAUAUCAACUUCUCUGCUUUUUUGGCACGCCUAUUAGCGUCCGGUGUAGCGGACACGAAUACUCUGAGCGCACUACGGCGACCUUCGCCCUUCGCAACAAGCCAUCAAGAUCAUAUCGUACGAGACUUGCCUCGCUAUGAACCUUACGCAGCUGCAGCGGCCCAGUGGAUUCUCUAUGCUGGAGAUGUACUGUUCGAGCUAUGUGAGAAGCGCAUACUCGUCGAGGUCGGGAGUUUGACAUAUAGUCGAGCUUUGUGGUAUGUAUGGAGCGUUAAAUUUAAAGUUUUCGCAGAGAGUAAUGAAUCUAGCACUGAGGUUCGAGAGUUCGCUAGGCAGGCUGUGAAUAAGAUAGAUCAGUGUAAAAAGGAUGGUAUUAAUCCUGCGAAGAGUGUGAUUGAGAAGUUUGGUUAUAUACGUCCGGAAGAGAACUAAAAUUAUGAAUACGAACUACCUAAGGCAAAUAGUAUCUGGCUCAACUGAAUUUAUCCUUAUAAUAAGC